GUUUACACUUUUUACCUCCGCAUUUGGAUUCGCGCUCGCUCCGUUUGCGGAUUUUUUUUUGGCACACUCGCGGUUAAAAUCGCGCCGAGACAUCCACGCAGAGCAAAAUCAAAUUAUUCCCGGAGACCAAGAGUUGCUCCAUGGCAGGCCCAGGCUCAAGCUCAAGCUCAGGCUCAGGCUCAGGCUCAUAUACAUCAGUUUCCGAUUCAGAAUUCAUUUUCGAUACCGAUUGCAAUUCCGGCGGCGGUUGUGCUUACGAUUGUUGUUCAAUGGCCGAUAAAUCGAUAAACGAAACGGGAGCGUCAACAACCACUGUAAUAAAUACACGCAAAAGCACCACAACAAUUGCAUUUAUAUUGCUAUUAAUACUCUGCUGUUUAUGUGAUUACAACUAUGGAAGCUGGGCAUCGCAGUGCUGGAGGAAACACAACUCGGGAUCGAUUCAAACGCCAGACGGUGAAUUUAAGCGACCCUUUGGCAUACUCUGCACAUAUCGCUGCUUUCUCUGGUUUCCGCCAAUUUAUCCUUACUGCGAAUUCAUAUUCGAUCUGCGGCUAUCGAGGCACUUCACCUCCUUCCCGGACUGCUAUGAGAUUCGCUGCAACGAGACCUUCUCCUUUUUCGGCAAGGAGCCCAACUUCUAAGGACUCUCUGGUUCAUCUGCUUCUGUUCUUUUUCCCCUCUU